GAUAAGAACGGCAGAGAGCCGUUGGUCGUUAGCUCAACAAAUUAAAAAGCUCCAUAUCUGGAAUCUUUUUGGGGAUGCUAAUGGGUAUUCAAGCUCGAAUUGGCAGCAUAACAUCUCAUUCCUUCUGCACCAAAUCAAAUAAGCCACCCUCUUCUUCUUCUAAUUCUCGCUCGCAAUUGAGACCCUUGUGUUCUAGAAAAGAUUCCAAACAAAAUGGUGACGGCAGUAAAGGUGAUAAAUUCUCAACGGAUUGGGAUAAGGCAUGGUCAAGCUUCAGGAAGCAAGGGAAAAAAUCUCUCUUCUCACAGUUUAAUCCAAACAAGUAUGUGAGCUGGAAUCCUACGCGUUCAAACUACCCACUGUCUGAGGAGGUCGAUCCCAUCAAGAGAACUGAACGGUCAAACCUGAUGUUAUGGACUAGUCCUAGAUUUACUCUAGUUGUGGCCAUUUUAAUAGUCACAUUUCUUCUUCUCUACACGAUUCUUGCUCCAGUCAAGUAAUCUGAUUUUAUUUUAUUUCACUCAUAGAAAACGGGCCUUGUGGUGUUAUGAUCAUUAUGAAGAAAUGGAUAUAGGUGAAGGAGUUGUGAAGUGUAAGUAAAUGCAACUAUUUGUUUUCUUCUUUCUCCAAUUGAGCAUACCCAAUAUUUAAGAGCAGCUGAGUAUUGUUAAUGGACAGUUAAUUUGCCUAGAAAGGUUCUUAAAUGUAUUUACCUCAAAGUUUGGUAUGUAACUUUAUGAAGAGAAAUUUCUUCCGUAUGCAUUGACCUGGGAACUUCCAGAGAAAUGAACUCAAGAAUUCUGAAGAUUUUACUUGGUUUACAUGGAGAAGUUCUUUUCAGAUUAGCCUAUUGUUACCAGGAACAUAAAGUUUUCCCAUACAGAGUAAUGUAAAAUCUUAAUGAGUAAUCCUCCAUCUCGUUCUUAGUAAUGCUGAAAUUUCUUUUUUUUUGGUUGAUGCUUUUGGGAGAAACUGAGUGAAGGAAUCUCACUUUAGAAAAGAAUUAGACCAGUGAAUUUGUGUUGAAAAAGUUGUCUGAUUGAUGUGCACUAGGUCUUGGUGUAUAAAUUCAUACUCUUUUAUGUAUUUAAUGAAUGUUAUUUAGAGAUUUGAGUUAAUUAACAUGUUUGACUAAGAGGCUAUCCAAACUCCUAUGAUGACUCGACAGCAUAUGAGUGGUAACCAGGGCAUUCGAAUUACUUAUGAUGGCCUUUUACGAGUAUAUAUGCAUUCCACGGUUUUAUAUGCAAUUUACUUGUAAAGGAUUCAACUUUGUAGUAAAUUCUGACAGAUUUAUGUACGAA